UGGAGCUUUCAGCAUCCCUAUUGAUUUUCUCUUUUCCGGCACAGUGAAUAGAUUUCUUUCUUCCGUUUUCCACUCACUUCCUUUGUCAUCAGCCUCUUUCACGCCUAGUCUUCAGCAGGAGUCCAUUGAUUUGCCCGUGAAGAGGCGCUGAAUGGGGUUCUGCAGGCUGAAGGAGUCAAGGUGUAUCAAUGGGGUGGCCAAUUCCCUCCCUCCUUCCAACACACACGCGCUCUCCCACUCCAGGCAGCACUUCCAGUGCCACUGGAGAUAAGUCCGGGCGCCUGGAAGUGCACAGUUGGCACGCUGUCUCUCGGGAAGGCGGAUCGCUCUGAGCUCUUCUCAUCUGGGCAGUCGCUCGGAAGCCGUCGUCAGAGGUGGACGCUGCUGAAUUCCUGCCUCAACGUCACACGUGACUGUUCAACAUAACAAGAUUUCAUGUAAUUUGUGGCUAACGUGCUAAUUCAGUGAUCUUUUGCGCAAACUGUGUGUGGCGCGAGACAAUGUAAAAAAAAGGCGGGAGUAUUAAAUGCUCAAUUGUAUUCACUGUAUGGAUAACAAAUAGGUCGAAGCACUAAUUCAGAACUCGUUGCCACCAUCCGUCGUCCCAUGGAAACCCCGGAAAAUUUGUCUUCACUCCGCCACGCGAUGGCAAAUACAAUCAUAUCACGCCGGAAGUGACUCUGAGGCCUGUGUGAAUAAAGGUGUACUGAGUUAGAAUUUGGUAAUUUACAGAGAGACAACCCAUAUCUCAGAUGAGCUCACAAAAUUGCCUGGGCAUGAAACAAGAGAGCGCGUGGCAAUAAUUUGAGCAAGGACAUAGAAGAGGAAGAGAGAACGAGCGAGUAAAAAAGCGCCAGAAGGAAGGACAAGCCUCACUGAAUUUCUGGCAUUGUGACCGGAAGGAAGAACAAGAUAUAAGAUAGAGGAUCUUUUCGGGGGGAAAAUUUCCGGCCCGCGGAAGGAAGUCAUCAACUAAUCAUGGACUUGAAGCACUCAAAGACUGUGGAGUCCACCACUUCGGUGGAGACUUUUGUGCCCAACAGCAAGUCAACGGAUCUGAUAAAGCCACCAUCGGCGUCAGAUGAUCACUUGGAGAGCCAGAAGCCAGCUGCUGGUGAAUUCCGUGUCUACAAGAGAAGAUGGAUUGUCCUGGCCAUUUUUUGCCUCUACUCCGCAUCAAAUGCACUCCAGUGGAUUCAGUUUAGCAUCAUAGCGAAUAUCGUGCAACGAUACUAUGGCAUCACCAGUACCUGGGUGGAUUGGACUUCGAUGAUCUUCAUGGUGCUCUACAUUCCUCUCAUUUUUCCCGCCAGUUGGUUCCUGGACAAAAUGGGUCUGCGGGUGGCUGCAAUUUGCGGUGUUCUGGGAACAUGCCUGGGUGCGUGGAUUAAGGUGUUCUCUGUGCAACCAGAUCUCUUCUAUGUAUCCUUCAUUGGGCAGAGCAUUGUGGCCACGUCACAGGUGUUUAUUCUCUCCUUGCCGGCUCGCCUGGCCGCUCUCUGGUUCGGUCCUGACCAAGUUUCUUCCGCCUGCAGCAUCGGUGUGUUUGGGAAUCAACUGGGCAUCGCCAUUGGCUUCGUAAUGCCACCAAUUCUGGUGAGGAACCACGAUGACCUGGAACUGGUGGGGCGAGACCUCAAAUUUAUGUUCUACCUAGUGGCUGGAUACACAUCACUGCUGGUGGUCCUCGUGCUUAUCUUCAUUCAAGCGAAGCCGCCAACUCCGCCGUCUGCCGCCCAGGAAGCCACAAUGUCUGGCAACCCUCUCCAGUCCUCACCUUUCCUCCACUCCAUCAAGCGCCUCAUGACAAACAAGAACUACAUCCUCCUGCUGGUGUCCUACGGCGUCAACGUGGGCGUCUUCUAUGCCAUCUCCACACUCCUCAACCAGAUCGUGUUGCUCCACUACCCCGGCCAUGAGUUGGACGCCGGCCAAAUUGGGCUGUGCAUCAUUCUGCUGGGCAUGGCUGGCUCGGUGGUGUCAGGAAUUGUGCUGGAUAAGACGCACAAAUUCAAAGAGACCACCCUCGCCGUCUACGCGCUCUCCAUGGUCUGCAUGUGGAUCUACACAUUCACCCUCAACACGGGCGGCAUUUGGGUGGUCUACGUCACGUCGUCUCUUUUGGGCUUCUUCAUGACCGGCUAUUUGCCAGUUGGCUUCGAGUUUGCCGCCGAACUGACCUACCCCGAGCCCGAGGGCACGUCUGCGGGCAUCCUGAAUGCCGCCGCACAGGUAUUCGGCAUCAUCUUCACCAUGGGCUAUGCGGAGAUUCUCAACCACUUCGGCGACAUCUCGGCCAACGUGACAAUGGGCGUGAUGCUGAUUAUUGGCACGGUAGUCACUGGGGUCAUUGGCUCUGACCUCAGGCGCCAGAAAGCCCAGAAUCCCAACGCAUAAGCUCGUGCUUCUCUCUUUUUUAGUAAUUCCACCAAUCGACCUACUUCUCGUUAACACUUUGAGAAUUUUAUCAAAUUGUUGCUAUAUUUUAUUUUUGUAACUCAAAAAAAUUAUAUAUCAAUUGUCUUCAGUAUAAGGAUAAGUUGUACAUAAUGUAAGUGGAUAUGUGAAAUUUUUAGUGCAAUACUUUCUCGAUACUCUUCAACGUCCCACAGAUGAUAUAUUUCACUUCCUGAGCCAAGUCAAUCUCUAUAUAUUUCAAGUAUUUUUCCCAUUUUCCCUCUUUCAAACUGUGUAGGUUGGAAAGUUAUAGAGCAAUAGAAUGUACUCUGAUGUGUGUGUAUACUUUUUAGUGGACAAUAAUGUUGCCAAAAUGAAUAUUAUAUCAAGGAGAAAAUUCUAUGCAAAUUGAGUAUUACUCCUUAGAAUAAAACUUGGCUUCUUCGUCUUGCCAUAAAAUACAAAAAAAGGAACACAAUUUCAUUUUUCUUUCCGGUGGCUUCAACAGAACAAAUCUUCUCACUUCCCAUGCAAUUGAAUUAGACAGUAAGGAUAAUGUUUAAAUGAUAAUGUAUUUUUAGGAAGAUAAGGAACAAAAAAAUCCACCUGCUCACCAGAAAAUUGUUGUGCAAACACCAGACUUUUAAGAUGUAGACUGUGAGAGAUUUGAAGAGGAAAGCAGAUUAAAAGUGUGGCAAAUUUAGAAAUUAUUGUGACGCCAAAAAAGUUAAGGAAAAGAGAGAAAGAGAGAAUCAAUUUUGUGAUUUUAAGAAUUUUACUGUACUUUGAGUACCUUUAGCUGAAAAAAAAGACAAGAGAUUUGAACAUGUUGUGAAAAAGAGUGAUAAGAGAUUGUCACUAAGAAUGAUGUUGAUCUAUAAAUCUUCUCUCACUAUAGAUUUUAUCUUGUUGACUCUAUCAAAAUACCAUUCUAUGUGUAAAACUAUAGAGAAAAGUGAAUUGUUACUUAUAGACAAGCUUCGAGAAUGGAGAGCCUAAGGAAAAGAAGAAGAACUCACUGGAAAAAAGAAAGCCCGCCACUAGAAAAUUUUCGUGACAAUAAUUUUUUCCUCCCCCCAAAAUUUGAAGGCCAAAACAUGCGUGAGGAGUUGAAUCUCCUCAAGGAAAAGCUGUGCAAUUCAGUAUUGUGAGACUCUAGAAAAAGAAAGGCAAUAGAGUGAGAUUUACUUGUAUUCUGCUCCUUCUAGCUAUGUGUGAUGCUUAUAGAGAACAUCCAAUGUUCAGAAUUAAUGGAUCGUUACUGAGAAUAAUAGAGAAAAUAAAUACAGAUAAGACGUUA